UGACAUUCGAAGUGGACGCUUCUAUUUUUUGUAAAAGCAGGAUUUUUCCGUGAAAAUAAGCAGAAAAUCAAGUUUUUUUUGUGAAAUUAGUGGACAUCUGUGAUCAGAAGUAAUGAACACAAGACUGAGAGCAAAGAAGACGAAGGAGGAGCUGCGGAAAACCAGGAAAACAUAUUUCGCCGAUGAGAAUACGUUGAGCGAUUCAAACUGGUUGGAUUCUUUUGACAAAUUUAUUCGUGAUAAAAGGCUACAGAAGGAGCAGGAUGCACCCCGACCGGCAAAAGACGUGAGGGUUUCAUUUAAUCGCGACAGUAGUGUUUUUGAGUCGUCCGGAAGUGUCUGGUCUCCGGCGCCACCCAAGGUCUCCAGGAAGACUUUGAGGAGGCUGAAGAGUACCGGAGAUGCUAUACUAGCUUCCACGCCACUAAACAUGACAAGAACUGCAAGGAGAAACGGGAGAACCACAGUAUUUGAUGGCAUUUCGCCGGUUUGUCCCACAAACGACACUCCGCUUGCUUUAGCGAGAAGUGACGUCCCUCCCAGCCCUGUUGUCUUUCCAUCAGUAAAUUCCCCAAGCGUGGAGAUUGUGAGCGCAACAAAAAUGCCAUCACCAAAGAGGAUUUUGGUGGAAAUCCCACGAAAGUCUGUGCGGGUGAAGAUCGAGAUUCCAGACAAGAAACAACGAAAGACUGUGGCUUUUAAGGAUGCUUCCGGCAAUGAUAGCUCUGUGGAGGUGGUUCAACCUCGACCGACGAUUGUCUUGGCGGCUGGGAAGUGGCGGAAGUCCCUGGCAAAUUGGCGCAAGAGCCAAAGGAACAAUUCAAACGGGAAUAUCUCAGGAAAUACGAGUGCUAUUCGUCCAGGACAUCGCCGAAAGACCGUCUGGAUAGCGGACUCAAUUGUGAGUACAUCGAAGAGAGUGUUAUUUCCUAGAAUAUUUAGUAAUUUUCCCCUUUUUUCGUGUAUUUUUCAGGAAGAGGAAAAUAGCGGUAAGUUCGCUGUAAUUCUAGCAGUUCAAAUCACACCUGCGGCUUCGGAUGUUUUCGGGUGGGUUUUGUGGCGCUGCAGUCGUGAGAUCUGCGCGAAUAAGAAGAAGAAGGAGGCGUCAGUGUCCAUUUUCUUUGGUAGUCCCCCCUUUUUUCCAAGUUAGAUUUCACAAA